AUGAUUGGCCUAAUUUUAGCUGGCUUUCUAAUUGUCCUCUUUAUCAUUAUUUGCUGGCGACAUAGUUGGGGUGUCUGCACAUCAAAGACUGAUCUUACUGGCAAAACAGUCAUUAUUACAGGUUGUAAUACAGGAAUUGGUUACUAUGUAGCGCUUGACUUGGCCUUUCGUAAUGCCCGUAUUAUCAUGGCAUGUCGAAAUGCAGAAAAGGCAAACGCUGCCAAAGAAAAAAUUAUUGCAGAAACUGGCAAUAAACAAAUUGUAUUUCAACAAGUGAACCUCAGCUCCCUUCAAUCUGUACGACAGUUUGCCGAAAGAAUCAUUAAGGAAGAAUCUCGUUUGGAUAUUCUAAUUAACAAUGCUGGUAUUAUGCAUUCUAAUUCACUUUUGACUGAAGAUGGUUUGACUACAAUAUAUGCCACUAAUCAUUUUGCGCCAUUCCUUCUCACAAACUUGCUUUUAGAUCUCCUUCAGUCAUCAGCUCCAUCCAGAGUUAUCAAUGUCAGUUCCCAUGGACACAAAAUAGGAAGUAUUCGUUUUGAGAAUAUGAAAUGCCCAAUGCUAGAUGAUGGUAAUAGAACUUAUGCUAAUACGAAAUUAGCAAAUGUUUUAUUCACACGGGAAUUAGCAAGAAGAACAGAAGGAAAAGGAGUUAGCACAUUUUCUGUCCAUCCUGGCUUUUGUGAUACAGAAUUAUUUCGUUUCAUGCCAUCACUUGUCCAAGCAUUGAUGACUCGAUAUCCACUUAUGAAGACUGCUAAAGAGGGAGCACAGACCAUUCUCCAUUGUGCUUUAAGCGAAGGAAUUGAAAGCACCAGUGGCGAAUAUUAUUCUGACUGUAAAGUGAGCAGCACAUCUGCUAAAGGUCGUGACAUGGCUGUUGCCAAAAAACUGUGGGAAGUAAGUGAAACAUUAAACAGUCAAGUCCUCAAGGAUUCAGGAAAACAGAACAAAUUAAAAUUCCUUGUGGACACAAAUGCAGCCAUCAGCAUGAUACAAUACAAUAAUGACCCCUCUGCUAAGCCCACCCUGUUCAAACUACUAGCUGCCAAUGGUUUCACAAUAGAUACAUACGGAGGAAAGAGACUCACCAUGAACAUUGGCAUGCGACAGGACUUCACCUGGACUUUUACUAUUGCCGACAUGAAGAUACCCAUCCUUGGUGCAGAUUUCCUGGCACAUUACGAACUGGCAGCACAUAUGAACCCAAGGACCCUGUCUGACAAAACCAUGAACAUCCACGUCUUAGGAACACCUACAUUCCACAGCACCACAGAAAUCAGUGUCACAAUGUGCCAUGGUUGCAAGUACUUGGAUCUCCUAAAUCAGUUGGUUGACAUCAUGCAGCCAUUCAAAGCCGCUGAUUCGGGUGGCCACCAAACUCAGUACCACAUCAGGACAAGCAGAGCACCUGCAUAUUCCCGCUCAUGA